GCAGUAGUUGACUGGAGGGGAUGGAGCUGCGACGCUGCUGUUGUUUUCUCCGUCGCACAUUCACAUCAAGUGUCACCGUGGACGGAGUAGCAGCCGGAGAACCGAACCUCAGCUCUAGACAGCAGAGAACAGAGAACCACAACAGCUGUCAACAUCUGCCGCCGAGCCGAGCCGAGCGCGUGGGGAUGCUUCGCGCGGGGUGUAGUGAAAGAAACGCGCGCGCUUAGUGAUUAGUAUGUAGACAAGAAGCUAAUUAACUGGUAAUUAUAUAAGUCGACUUUAACCCGCCCCAGUGGCUCGUUUGUCUGCCGGCAGAGUGAAAUUGGAGCCGCCGGAGGACACGUAGUAUUUAUUCAGAGGAGUUUUCAUUUGUCACCAGCGCACCUUGGAUUUCAGUCGAUAUCACAAAGCAAGUGUGGAGCCGAGGACGAGGUCCAAACAAUUCAAGUCAGAGCUGAAUCAGAGAGAGAGAUGACCCUUGUUUUGUCCAUGAAUCCUUUCCUGGACCCAGAGGGAGACCCUCCGCUCUCCACAUACCAGCCCAUAUGGGAAUCAGAGCACUGUACUAAGACCUGCCUGUCUAACCCUGGCCCGCCAUGCAGCUCUGAAGAGCAAUUUACACAAGCAGAACCUCCUUGUAGACGAGUUCCUGAUCAUGUUUCAGUGUCAAGAAUUGCAUACUUCAAGAGGAAGUUUGUUGAUGAUGAUGAAGAGCCUCGCUUCAGUUUCAGGACAUACUGCCAGACUGUUGCACCAGUUCUGGAGGAGCGUGCCCAUGUGCUGCGCCUCUCUCUGGAGAAGAUGCGAUUCAUCGAUGACCCAGAAGCGUUUCUCCGACGCUCUGUCCUUGUUAACAACCUCCUUCGUCGUCUGCGAGCUGAAAUCCUGCUCCAGAGCACUGACUGGUGCUUCCCACCCAACCCAGCAUUCGCCACUGGUCCUUGCGUCCUGCCACCCAGCACCAACCCCACCCACCAGGCACUCCACAGAGCUGUACCCACAAGGAUUUGCUUAGCGCCUCAGGCUGGACCGCCAUUCCGCAAGCGUUUCAGAAUGCUCCGCGGAGGUCAGGGGGAUGUACGCCCUGACUGUGCCCAGACAUGCUGCUGCAUUUACGCAGCAGCGGCUGCUGCAGGACACUACCUCCACCUCCCGUUCUCCAUGUAUGAUGCAGCACUCUCUACCUGCCCAUCCACACCGCACUCCUCCUCCUUUUUUCAGCUGGCUAGCCAGAGUAAGUUAGGGCUGACAGCGGCUGUAGAUGAUCAUGAUGAUGAGGAUGAAGAUAUUGAAGAGGAAGAACAUGAAGAAGAAGAAGAGAGAGAGGAAGAGGAGGAGGAAGAAGAUGAUGAAAGAAGACAAGCAGGGCCUUCUACUGAUGUUAAGGACAAAUCAAGCCAGAAAAGUAGGACUAGGACCUUGCUGGGUCAUGCACAUGCGAGGACAGGAGACAGCUGCAUGGCAGAUAGAGUAGAAGAAGAGGAGGGAGAGCAAGAGGAAGAAGAAGAGGAGGAGGAUGAGGAGGAGGAAGAGGAGCAAGUUGUGAGACCUUGUCAGUGGGACUCUACUUCCUCAGAGAGAGAGCUCCACAAAUUUAGCUUUUGGCACCGCAGGGCUCAUAGACAAUAACUGUGCUUUCUGUGAAAUUACUAGCAUUCUAAGUCUGUUAGAAUGAAAUGUAAUCAUGACAACAACUGCCAUCAGUUGAAGAUUAUUUCUCCUCAUAGCAGAUUAAGAUGUAAGCUACCUAUACUAUAGAAAAUGCCAAGUCAACUUUAUUUUAAUGGUCUAUUAUACUCCAGGGUGGCGCACAGACACAACUCUAUUGGUAGAUGAAGAAAAAACACUUACUUCUUGGCCUCUGUUGGCACUGGACACAUUUCUCAAACAAUUAUAAAGACUAAGGUCAUAUGUGGUGGGAUCUUAGAUCCCAAAGGUGAAGUGAAGCUUGCUAUUGCACUGUCUCCAAGACCAUUUUCAAGCCCCACAGCACAAAACUAAAGGUCUCAAUUGGGGCUUUAUAUUGGUGCAACGGUCUCAUUUCAGGACCCUAAACAAGCCUAUGAAAUAAUGGGUGGUGGAGUGUGUGCUUCUGUGUGUGUGUGUGUUUGCAAGAUAUAUGUAGCAUUUUAAAACUUGAUUUUAAGCUGUUCUUUUUAUUAUUAAACAGGGGUUACGCAUAAUUAUGUGUGCCUGUUGAGUCUGACGCUGUCUCAGGCAAUGGCAAGCGACUGUGCUGCAGCAGCAGCACAAUGUGUAUACUUCAGAUUACUUUAAGACAACACAAUCAUGAACAUUGUUAAAUCACAAUUUAAAGUGCCUUAGUGUUUUUCUAGAUACAUGUAUAUUGUGUGUUAAUGUAAUUGUUCUUGUUACUAAAUAGCUAUCUUGCAUUCCGUUUGACUAAAGCAGGACACAGGCAUGUAGUUAAAUGCAGGGAUUCUUCAAAAUGGUUAAGAACUGAGAGCAAUCUAAAUUUCCACACCCAAAAAGUGUUUGUUUUUACUUCAGAAUGCAUGUUUUCUAGCACUUUCUGUCUUGACAAAGCACAAACUUGCAGCCAACUUUAAGGACAGAUGUUAAAGCGCUGAGAAGCUAAAUGUGUCUAAAACCUCAUUUAUGUUUGUUAGAUUUGUUAGAUUUGUUGGAAAAGGCUUGUUGUGGUUUGGUUGCUCUGUCAUUGAUGAAGGUUUACCACAAGUGACAUGAAUUUAAAAAUAUCUAACCGUGUAUCGCACUGAAUUUAAAAAUUGACUGAGGCAUCCUUUUGCUGUCAAUCCGAUGAGUCAUUUUAUAUUUUGUAUCUGCCAAUACCUGACAACAUUUUCCUAAUUAAUUCACACUUUAUGUAUUGUAGAUGAGCUGUAGUGCAUGGUUGUGGUCUGGUCUUAAUGUUUGACCAGAGGAAAUGGGUCGGUUUGUGUCAGCAAGUAGAGAGCAUUUUUGGUGAUUUAGUGAGCACCAGGCCACCAUGACAAAGUCUUCUGUGACUUUUAAUGACCGCCGGCAAAAGCUUAUGUGUUAACACAAGAUGGGAGUGAUGAGAACAUAACUUUUAUAAGUCACUCUUAUAACCUGCAUCAACUGUGCAGUGACUAAAAUAGUACUUUCAACAAACGACAAGAGACAGUUGAACUCAAUUUGUGUUAUCAAUUAAUUAAUUAUUGAUUCAUAAUGCCGCAUUUAUAAAGAAAAUUAGUCAAGCUUAUGACAGCUGUGUGACAGCAGACAUAAACAGAAUCUGGCUUAGGUUUGUGCCUAAAUAUU